AUGAUCUACAAGGAAGUUGAAGUCUACGUCGAUGAUAUGAUUGUGAAAUCCAGGAAUCGAGCGGGACACAGUGUAAACCUAGAGAAGUUCCUUCAAAGGAUUCGGAAAUACCAACUUCGUUUAAAUCCAAAGAAAUGCACAUUCGGUGUUACUGACGGUAAGAUGCUGGGAUUUCUAAUUACUCAGAAAGGAAUAGAAGUCGACCCUAGCAAAAUUGCAGCCAUCACGGCCAUGCCAACACCCCGGAACGAGCGAGAGGUUCGAGGAUUUCUCGGGAAAAUCCAGUACAUUAGUCGCUUCAUCAGUAAGCUCACUUCCACUUGCGAUCCUCUCUUCAAGCUUCUGAAGAAGGAUCAAAAAUUCGUCUGGAGUGACGCUUGUCAGCACGCCUUUGAUAAGGUAAAAGCUUAUUUGUAA